CCAGCGGCCUGGUUGCGAGGGCGCCAUGCCGGGGACGCGAUUUUUUGCCUGUUUACAGCUGUAAUUUAUGACUGAAAGCGGUCUCGGAGGCUUGCAGAGAGUUGUGUAAUCAAUUUAUCAAUAUCGGGCGGAUUUCUUCUCUUGCGAAAUGUUAGUAUUAAAUUGCGUUCUGGUCGGCGUUGGGCCCUAUUCACUCGCUGGCUCGCUAGUCGCUGGUUGAUCGGUCGCUCGCCGCGAUUUUGUCGUGAUUUUUUGCGCUUUGUAUUUUGUGUGUGUGUUUUUGUACCUGGGAUUCACCUUUGGUUUUAUUGCUCGCUGUCUAAGCGGCCCAGUCGGUGAUUUUUGUUGCGGACAAGCGUCGAGCCCGAGUGGAAACUUUCGAUUCUCAGAAAUUCGCUGUAUUGUUUCUAUUUAAAAAAAGUUGCAGUUGUUGUUGGACGGCAGUGUCCCUGGUCGCCUGGCUGGUGCUUAACUUUUAAUGUCAAGUGGACGAGUGAAAAGUGUGAGAUAGUGAAAAACUCAAGUAGAUAAGUUGAAAGCGCCGCACGUUUCUGCAGUCGCACGUGAAUUUCGGGUGAAUCGAUCGGUGGUGCAUUUAUAGAAGCAUAAAUUCGGUAGAGUCGGGCAAACAUGAACCGGACUAAAGGUGACCGCAAAAGUGCCCCCAACCCCGUCAUCAAUGCGAAUCCCUUCUCGAAAUUCACUUUCUGGUGGCUUCGUCAUAUAUUCCGCAAGGGUUUCAACCGUCCAUUGACCGAAGAAGAAAUUUACGAGAACAAACCAUGGCUCGAUAGUGAAAAGAAUACAAAGAAACUCGAACACUUCUGGAAUGAAGAAUUAGAGUCGAAAAAUCCUAGCAUGAUAAGAGUAAUAUUCCGUGCCUAUGGUUUGCAAGUUAUAAGCCUAGGCUUGCUUUUCUCUUUAAUGGAGUCAGGUGUUAGAGUAGUGCAACCAUUGUGCCUUGGCGGUUUAGUGUCCUAUUUUGCUGCCGGGCAAUCGGAUAUCAGUAAAGACACAGCUUAUAUAUAUGCAACAGGCAUAGUGAUAUGCUCCUUACUGCCAGUUAUCACGUUUCACCCUUAUAUUCUUUACAUAUUCCAAAUUGGAACAAAACUUAGAGUUGGCUGUGCGGGCUUAAUAUAUAAGAAGAUCCUGAGAAUCUCGAAAGCAUCAAGUAACGAUGGCCUUAGUGGACGUGCAAUUAAUAUUUUAUCAAACGACUUAGGGAAAUUCGAUAUAGCGUUAUGCUUUGUGCAUGAUUUGUGGAAGGGCCCAGUUGAGGCUAUUUUGUUGGGUUACUUCAUGUACUUGGAGAUUGGAGUAUCGGCUGUGAUAGGUGUGGCAUUCAUGCUUAGCUUCAUCCCAUUGCAAGCAUGGGCUGCAAAGAAAGCUGCCUACUAUAGACAACGUUCAGCGGAACGAACAGAUAUUCGUGUUAAGCUGAUGAAUGAAAUUAUACAGGGAAUACAGGUUAUAAAGAUGUACGCGUGGGAAGGCUCGUUUGCUAAAGUUAUAGCGCAUGCACGUAGAAAAGAAAUCAACGCUAUUCGAGGAUCAGUCUAUAUUCACGCUGGACUGUAUACCACAACUAUGAUUUCACGUUUUUCGAUAUUUCUAAGCUUGGUUUCGUAUGUCUUCAUUGGUGAUGUUAUCACAGCGAAAAAAGUGUUUAUUGUUUCAUCAUUUUUCAAUGUGUUGAAUGAUUCGAUGGUGCAUUUUUGGCCUUUGGCAAUAACAUUCUGCGCUGAGGCUUAUGUGUCGGCACGUCGUGUAAAAGAAUUUUUAUUAGAAAAGGAGGGCAAAGAUCAUCCUGUAGAAUCAGUACGACAAACUAGCAGGGAGGAGGUGAAUGGAAAUUUGAAACAUAACAGUAAUGGGGAUGUAAAACGUAUGGAACAAGUUAAUGGAAGUACCAAAUUUCUCAGCAAACGACGAACAGUAGAUUUGAAUUCAGAAAAGAAGGGCGUUAACAUAAGCAGUGCAACAACCGCCUGGGAUAGUAAUACUGGCGAAAAAUCUAACGAUGUAAUAAAAGAUUUCAAUAUCGAAAUUAAAGAUUCUUCUCUAGCGGUUGCUGUUGGUCCUGUUGGAUCGGGGAAGUCAUCACUCCUGAAUGUCAUUAUUGGGGAGCUGGAAUUAGAUAGUGGAUACGUAACUGUGAACGGAAGCCUCAGCUAUGCUUGUCAGGAGCCAUGGGUAUUCGAAGGGACCAUAAAGGAUAAUAUCAUAUUCAUCGAUGAUUACGACGAAAAUCGUUACAAAGAAGUAGUUCGCGUUUGUGCUCUUGAGCGUGACUUGGAACUUUUCCCGCAUGGAGACCAAACAAUGGUUGGUGAAAGAGGAAUUAGCUUAAGUGGUGGACAAAAAGCAAGGGUCAACUUAGCCCGAGCCAUAUACAAGAAAGCCGAUAUUUACCUUUUGGACGACCCACUAUCCGCGGUAGAUGCUCAAGUUGGACGACAUAUUUUUGAAAGGUGCAUUAAAGGAUUUUUAAAAGACAAAAUUUGCCUUCUUGUAACGCAUCAGCUUCAAUAUCUAAAAGACGUGGAGCAUGUGAUAUUUAUCGAUAAUGGAAAAAUCGUUGCUCAGGGCAGUUAUGAAAAACUACAUAAGAUGCCUGAAUUGAAGUUCCUUGCUCCCACGCAUGACGAAUCCGGCGAGGCAGGAGAUCUCGAGAAAUGUGAUAAGGAAUUCCAGAAGAUCACCAAACCAAUAUCGAAAAAAACUGUCCAGGAUGAUAUUGAUGAACGGAAGGAGAGUCAAGCCAUUGGAGCAGUUAGUCUGCAAGUUUAUAAGUCAUAUUUCCAGUCGCUGAAUGGAUAUUCUUAUAUGUUUAUCGUAUUCUUCCUGUUUAUUCUCGCCCGAGCAACUCUAGCUGCUGUUGAUUACUUUAUUUCAAGAUGGGCGAUUUGGGAAGAAACUGUUGGAGGAAAUUUGACGAGCUCCAAUGCAUAUAUUAUCGAUCCCGUAAACAUCACAACCCUGGAUAGUUUUUCUAGUCAAUUUAGUAAUGCAACAACUUUGAACGAUACCGUCUCCCAAGAAUUAUCACCUGAAAUACAAAGGGAGCGAGAAAAUUUGAUUAUGAUCUACUCAAUAUUAUUGGGUUCGGCGCUUUUAUUGUACUUAACACGAACUUACGGAUUUUUCAUGAUGUGCCUUAGGAUCUCACUUAAUCUACACGACACGCUUUUCCGAGGAGUAACGCGCGCGAAAAUGUGGUUUUUCAAUACAAAUCCAUCAGGACGCCUUUUGAAUCGAUUUUCACGGGACAUGCAUACGAUAGAUACGGGCAUGCCAGAUUCAAUGAUCGAUUGCUUAUCGUUCUUUACCGACAUUACUGCAGUUCUCGUCAUGGUAGUGGUUGUGAAUUAUUGGCUCCUAGUUCCUGUUGUCGUUGUGGCGAUCAUAUUUUACAUGUUGCGUACAAUAUACGUGAACACUGCCAGGAGCGUUAAACGAAUCGAAUCGAUGGCCCGCAGUCCAGUUUAUUCACACACCAAUCAAACCUUCCAAGGAAUAACCACAAUCAGAGCCUUCCGAGCUGAAAGCAUUCUUUUUGAAGAGUUUCAUGGAUUUCAAAAUACAAACUCGGCAGCUUGGUAUCUAUUUUUAGCUGUAACGCGAGCUUUUGCUUUUUGGUUGGACAUAGCCUGUGUGGUCUUCAUUGGGGUGGUAACAUUCAGCUUCAUGAUAUUCGAAGACCAAUUCCAAAGUGGUGAUGUCGGCUUAGCUAUAAUGCAGUGCAUAUCAAUGAUUGGGAUGUGCCAGUGGGGAAUGCGACAAACAGCCGAAUUGGAAAAUCAAAUGACUUGCGUUGAAAGAGUUGUAGAAUAUGCGAAUCAGCCAUCAGAAGGUGCUCUUGAAACGGAUCCCAAAUAUAAGCCAUCUGUAAACUGGCCGGAAAAUGGUGCAGUGAAGUUUGAUCAAUUGUCUUUGCGAUAUUCUGAAAAUAGUGAACCAAUUCUCAAGGAUCUUUUAUUCGAAAUUAAACCAAUGGAGAAAAUCGGUAUCGUGGGUCGAACGGGCGCUGGAAAAACGUCCAUAAUUCAGGCAUUGUUCCGAUUGGCAUUAAAUGAUGGCUCGAUCGUUAUUGAUGGUAGCGAUACUGCUAAUCUAGGUCUACAUGAUCUGCGGAGCAAGAUAUCAAUUAUUCCACAGGAUCCGAUUUUGUUCUCGGGCACGUUACGUUAUAACUUGGAUCCAUUCGAAACCAAAUCAGACGCUGAAUUAUGGAGAGCACUGGAGGAUGUUGAGCUGAAAACGCAUGUCAGCUCCUUGAUGGGUGGCUUAAAUUGUAAAAUGUCCGAUGGCGGUUCCAACUUCAGCAUGGGGCAGCGGCAGUUAGUGUGUUUGGCUCGUGCGAUAUUGAGAAAUAACAAGAUAUUGAUUCUUGACGAAGCAACGGCCAAUGUAGAUCCAGAAACCGACAAACUUAUCCAACGAACUAUUCGCUCCAAAUUCGUUAACUGCACAGUACUUACAAUAGCGCAUCGCCUUCACACAGUAAUGGAUAGUGAUCGGGUGUUAGUGAUGGAUGCCGGACGAGCAGUGGAGUUUGGGCAUCCGUUUGAGUUACUUCAGAACGCUGACGGUCACUUACGGAACCUUGUCAAUAAGACAGGCUCUGCAACAGCAGCGAUAUUAAUGGAAGCGGCGAAAUCAAGUUAUAAAACAAAUAGCAGGGAAACUGAAGAGAGUUCGCACGUAAAAGUUGAUUAGUAAGUUUUAACACCCUCCUUUUAUUAUGUAAGUGAAUAUCUCACGAGUAUUAUAUGAUUAAGUAGGAAAAUGUUCAUCAGUUACGGUUUUUGACCUCAAGUUUUACUUAUACAAAAUGUAUUUAUUUAGUACUUAUGUACGUUGUCUUAACUAGGUAAUUAUUAUUUUGAACGAAAACCGUUAAGUACAAUAUUCAUUCAAUGAUCUGUGGGGACAAUCAGUUCCAUUGCGAAUUUCUCCAUAAGUUUACUUUUAGUUAUAUCAAAUGUUGAAUGUGAUUUAUUUUUUAUACAAUGCUCUUCGACGAUUUCGCAUCUUCACAAAUGAAUAAAUAUUUUAAUAAAUAAA